AGAUUUUUAAAAAAAUCUACAAUGCAAUUCAAAUCUGUUGUUAUCGCUUUAACUGCCGUCUCUGCCGUCUCUGCUGCUAACGCUUCCAACGGUACCAAUGGUACCAACGGUACCUCCAGCUCUUCUUCUGACUCUGGUGCUGGUGCUGUUGGUGCCGGUUUAUUCGGUGCUGCCGCUGCUGCUGGUGUUGCUUUAUUAUUAUAA